AUGAAAUUUGAAGAAGGCGUGAGACCAGUGUGCAGUGUGAGCGUCAGUGGAAACGGUGGGCGCUCCCAGAGGCUUGUGGUCGAGAGUAGCGGUGCCCUAGUAGUUUUCGAAGGAUCAGCUCGCUUACGCUCGUGGCCGCUGCACAUCGCGCGACUUCGCACUGAUCUGCCUAAUGGUGAAGUCAGCAUUGAGAUGGGUGGAGAAACCAUGAAGUGGAUUUGCAGUGAUGAAUCUCGUUUGGAACUGUCUCGGGCUGCAGUUGCAGUCACCAUAUCAGGCUCGACCCACUCUCUCUCAGAGGUAGAGCUUGGUGCUUUGUUAGAGGACACAGAGAUUGAUGAUGGAGAUGCAGAGAAACAUGUCAAACAACUAGGAGAGAAGCUUGCUCAACUUGAUGCACUCAAUGUAGGAGGAAUGCUUGCAGCGGCUACGGAAGGGGGUGGAUCUAAGCUGGCAGCUAGACUUGAAGAGGGCAGUGCAUUUGGUGCGGCACUGUCUGUGCGCGUGUCUAAACUGGAAGCACUAACUCGGUUAGGGGGAGGAGCCAUCCAGGCGCGUUCGGGUGCGGCACGAGCCGACACUUCUGCUAGAGCCCUUCGAGCUGAACUCGCCGAGAUAUAUGAUUGGCUGGAUGCACCCGCUUUGGCCGAUCUCGACUCAUUGCAAGCGAUGUCCUUGGGCAGUGUGGAGGGACGAGCGCGUGCACUGGCAGCCGCAGAGGCAUUGCGUAGCACUUUGAAGAUGGAGAAGUCCGCUCCCGUUUACCGAUUGCGUCUUACUGCAGUGCGCGAGCGCCUACGCCGGUUGGCGCGCGCCCGAGACCAGCUCGCCGCAGCUUUAGCGAGGCACUUAAACAAUGCGCUUAUCCACCUGGCCAACGAGGCGCACACGCCGGGCCUGCCGGGGGCGGGUCGUCGGCACCACGGCGAGCUGCAAUCUUACGCCCCGUUUAUGCGGUGGUUGCGCGAUAUGGACGAGAGAGCUUACGACGCUUUGGUCAAAGUGUACGUAGGCACUUGGAGCAAGGUGUACGAGCGGGAGGUGGGCGCCGCGUGUGACGCGGCUCGCACUUCGCUCUACCCCGACCAGACCGAUACUCUCCUCUCUGACGUCCUCACCUUGGUCGAAACCAUCUGUAACAACGAACAGGACUUCUGCACACAGUUCUUCGCGCUCGACGUGGAUCCGAAGGAGAGCAGCGACGGUGAAAAGAGCGAAAGCGGCGGAGGCGAGGGUCGACAGGCGAGUGACACCAGGCGUCUUAUGGCCGACCUGUUCCCGACACUCGAGCAGCAGCUCGUCACGCUUUUGGCGCACGUCGAGCGAGAUCCCUACGGCGCGAUGAGGGCGCUGGCGUGCCUCGGGAGGCGCGUUCUCGGGGAGGCUGCGGCGGACACAGGCGAGAAGCGCUGGGCGCGCCUCGUGCUGGCGGCCGCUGCCGUCGCUGCCAAGCGUGGCGCCGACCGCUCCGUCACGGACCGGCUCGCUACUCUCCCCGAACACGUUAAACAGGCCGCCAAAAAGCCAAAAUGCGGCAUCUUCGCAUUCAUCCCGGAGCUCGAGGAGAUGAGCGCCGUGUGCGAGUCAAUUUUUGCCGGAGGCCGCCGCGCAGACCUCGACCGGUGGUACCUAUCGCUGUGCACGGCGAUGGUCGCGACGAUUGGCUCGGCGGAGCACCCGCGCACGCCCCGAGAAAUUGUGCAUUUGGAAAAUUUCCACCGGCUGCACGCGGCCGUGUGCGCUCUGCGCGUACCGGCCCUGGACGCGCUCCGUCGCGAGACCCGACGCCGGUAUACGGAGGCGCUGCGGCGCUACGUGACUCAGUACUUCGGCCGACCGCUCGAUAAGAUCACGCAGUUCUUCGAGGGCGUCUCGGAAGCGGUGGCGGCGGGCGCGCGAGAAGAAGAGGUGUGCUACCGCGCGGCGUACAGCAAGCACGCGCUGCGCAAGUUGCUGGCGCUGUACCCGGCGGGCGAGGUGAGGCGUGCCCUGCACCGCCUGUACAGAACUGUGGAGAAGCACUUGAGCGAGGAGUGCGGGCUGCUGCAAGUGGUGUGGCGUGCAAUGCAGGAGGAAUUCAUGGCGCAGCACGUAGCACUACAGUCGCGCAUCGCCGCUUGCUAUCCAGGCGCAGGCUUGGCGUUGCCCCUCACCACUCAAGACAUUCUCGACGCCUUCUCUGACAUCGCAAGGGAGCACUGA